AGUUUUAGAACUUGACAUUUUUCUCAAAUGUCAUCACAUCGCCCUAUGGGGAAGGAUGGUGUAAUGUUUUCGCUCGAUUAAUUUUUAACUUUCUACCAUGGAAUCUAAUAAUACCGACACCGAUAUUGGUGAUAAGUGUAAUUCUAACGGCGACUGUUCACCGACGCCCAAAAAACAAUCUUUCGACUUGAAUAACGCUAAAAAUAUUGAUGACAUCUCAACGCCUUCCGAGUUAAAAUUUGAUGAAGAACCUGAUUACGAGGACGCUGAAGUGAAGGAGAAGAAGAGAGAUAUCGAGAAAUGUUUAGAGAACCCGGACUGUGUGAACUUGGAACAAUGGCAGAACUUCGCGAAGGGAAAAGCAGGGUUAAUCAGUGAUGACUACAGAAGGAAGAUCUGGCCGUUGCUAGUUGGUGUGACACAGGAAGAGAUGACAGAACCCCCGUCUUUGGAUGAAUUGUCCACACAUAUUGAAUAUAACCAGGUGGUGUUAGACGUGAACCGUUCCCUAAAGCGGUUCCCCCCAGGCAUUCCGUAUGAACAGAGAGUGGCGUUGCAGGAUCAGCUCACCGUACUCAUACUUCGGGUCAUCAUGAAGUACCCGCAUUUGAAGUACUAUCAGGGCUACCAUGACGUAGCAAUCACUCUCCUCCUAGUCUGCGGAGACAGGGCUUCGUUCCCCCUGCUGUGCCGGCUGUCGUACGGUCCGGGGGCUCCGCUGGCGCCCUUCAUGCAGACCACGAUGCAGCCCACGCAGCACCUGCUGAACUAUAUGCUGCCAGUUAUUAGCAGGGCUGAUAGGAAGCUCGCUGAGUGUUUGGACAAAGCACAAGUAGGCACGAUGUUCGCGCUACCCUGGUACCUCACCUGGUUCGGUCACAGCCUGAACAAGUACACAGAUGUGGUGCGUCUGUACGACUACUUCCUCUGCGCCCCCCCACUGUUCCCGGUGUACGUGACGGCCGCCAUAGUACUGUAUAGAGCAGAUGAGGUGCAUAGCUGUGAAUGUGAUAUGGCGAUGCUGCAUUGUUUACUGUCGAGGUUACCGGACGACUUACCUUUCGAAGACAUCCUGGUGACCGCAGAGAAGUUAUACGAUAACAACGACCCCACUGAUCUCGAACCUGAAGUCGCCGCGCUAGAGAGGAGAGAAGAAGAACAACGCAAACUAGACGAAGAACGUCUAAAACGCCGCCAAAUCGCGGCCCGCAACCGCAACACACUGACCUCCCGUCUCCGUCGCUACGUGCCGGCAGCGCUGCGCCGCUUGCCGCUGCCGCGCUACGUGCUGGCGACGGCCACGGUGCUGCUGGGCAUCUACGUGUACUACCGCCCCGACCUGCUGCUCAACAGAAGGCGCGAGAACGGCUUGGAAUUAUGACUGUAUGUAACGCGAACAGGAAUGAGGUACAAAAUAAAAUAGCAUAUUUAUCCGGGUUCCUGUUUAUUUCUUUUAACAAUCUCACAUUGUAUUUUCAACCAAUACAUUGUAAUAUAUGUAAUCUUUUCACCAAGUUCUUUGCUAAUUAUUUAAAUAAAACACCUUAUUUUAAUAUGGGUUGAUGAUUGCUCGCAGUCUUCAAGAAAUGUUUUUAUAAAUUUUUAAGUUAGUAAAAGAAAACUAAAUCUUUUACAGUUUGUUACUUAAUAAGUGAGUUGAUUUGACUGCGAGCUUAUAUUCUGAGAUGUAAAUGAAUGGAGAAUUAACUACUUAAAGCUAAUAUUAUAUAAAUAUUUAUUUGUUAUUCCACAGCUUAAGAGAAGUGUAGAAAUUGUAAAUUAGCACAUCGUGUUACUUAAUUCGGGGAUAAUUGUAAAUUAAAAGUCUAAUCUACCCAUUAGACUUUUAAUACAUAUAAAUGUUGAGAUAAUGAGUAGUUUUUGGUAAAAAAAAAUCGUUUAUAAACUCGUUACAAAUACAUAUAUUCGACAUUUAAAUCCGUGUACUCUUACAAAAGUAAAAAUAAAACAAUUCAUCAAUUAAUAUCGUACAUACAUAUACAUUGUAUAUGUUUUAAAAUCAAUAAUAAUAUGAAUCAAACAAUUCGUAAACACAACUUUACAAAUGGUUGAUUACAAUUUCUCGGAUUAUCUUUAAAAACAAACGUUUGAGAUACUUUGGUUUAUAUUUAUUUGAACAAUGUUAUUAUCUCAGAAAGAGUAUUUUACAAUAAUUUAUGAGUAUUUCUCGUACUCGUGCAUGUUAUCAACGGUUUUGAAGUAAAGAUAAAAAUAAAUACGAGUUCCCUUCGCAUUUAUUUUUCGUUAGCAGGUUGAAAUUUUAUGUACAUUGUAGGAUUAAACUUAAUAAACAAAUCAUAUACUGA